AUGGACGUCUCCCGAGUUAUCAAGCCAUGGAAGCUUGACCCUCAAAGACCACUGGCCUUCGUGAACGCGACUAUCAUCGAUCCAGUUCAGGGCCAAUUGAUCAAAAAUGCGACCAUCCGAAUCUCAGAUGGCAAGAUCAUCCAAAUCGUCACAGACGGCUCAGCCACGUCUCUAGAAGACAUCACGGAGGAGAACAUCAUUGACCUGACCGGUAAAUACCUUUGCCCCGGCCUAAUCGACUGCCACGUCCACAUCGCCGUCGUCCCCGGCGAAGUAGACCUCCGAGCUUACAGGGACAUGACUGAGCGAACCAGUCUCCUACGACAGCCGCACGUCCUCAAGACAAUGCUUGAGCGCGGCUUCACCUCCAUCCGCGACUGCGGCGGCGCAACCCUCGCAAUCAAAGAAGCUGUCGAAGAGGGCGUCAUCCCCGGCCCCCGUCUCUUCAUCGCCGGGUACGCCCUCUCUCAAACCGGCGGCCACGGCGACAUGCGCGGUCCCCACGACGGCCAACUCUGCUGCGGCGGCUCUGUCUCCGGAAUCAGCAGGAUCGUCGACGGCCCCGCAGAAUGUUACAAGUAUGCCCGCGAGGAGCUACGUCAGGGUGCGGACUUCAUCAAGAUCAUGGGUGGUGGCGGCGUGUCCAGUCCCACUGAUCGUAUUGAACAUGUUCAGUUCUCGGAUGAGGAGAUUCGCGCUAUUGUUACUGUCGCGCGCAAUGCCGGAACGUAUGUUACGAGUCAUAGCUAUACGCCGCAGGCGGUUCAGCAGGCGAUCAAGCUUGGUGUUCGGGGAAUUGAGCAUGGGAAUCUGAUUGAUCUUGAGACGGCGAAGAUGAUGGCUGAGAUGGGGGUUUUCCUGACGCCGACGCUUAUUGCGCAUGUCAUGGCCAAGAAGAUGAAUUUCCUUCCCGCUUCUGCUGCUGCUAAGAAUGAUGAGGUUCUUGAGCAGGGGCUGAAGAUGAUGAAGAUGGCUGUUGAUGCGGGUGUGACUGUCUGCUAUGGGUCUGAUCUGCUUGGUCCGAUGCAUUUUGCGCAGAGUAAGGAGUUCUCGGUGCGCAGUUCUUAUUUGACUGCUUUGCAGAUUCUGCAGAGUGCUACUGUCAAUGCUGCUCGACUCAUUAUGCAGGAGGAUAGGUUGGGUCAGAUUCGGGAGGGCUUUGUGGCGGAUUUGUUGAUCUUGGAAGGAAAUCCGUUGGAGGAUAUCACCAUUCUUGACAAAGUGGAGGAAAGCCUAUUGGCAGUGGUUAAGGAUGGGAGAGUUGUUACUUCACGCUGGGACAAGAUUAAAGUAGAUGCUUGA